AUGGGUACAAGUUCCAAACUUCUUGGGUCUCAUAGAGGCCUCAAAAUCUGUUGUGGAGUCACAACGCUUCUCCUCAUCAUUAUUGCAGCCACUUUUGCUAUCCUCUACCUUACAAUCUUUAAGCCUAAAGAACCUGAAAUCAGCACACAAUCAGCCACUCUUGAGAAUUUCAGUGUUAUGGUUUUCCCAUCUAUAGACUUCAAUGCCACUUUGAGGAUUGUAGUCGGAGUCAAUAACAGAAACUAUGGAAGCUUCAAGUUCGAGAACAGUACAUCGUAUAUUAGCUAUCGCGAAAACGUUAUUGCGGAAGCACCGAUCGAAGCAGACACAGUCCCUGCUCGUGGUAAGCUUAAUAUUACCACAACCGUGGUUCUUCUUGCAGGCAAGAUCGUAGCCAUGCCUGAUUUCAAAACGGAUUAUGAUAAUGGAGUCUUUAACUUCAGUUCUCAAUCCACCUUACAUGGGAAAGUGAAGGUUAUGAAGAUGAUCAAACUGAUCGAUUCACGCUUUGAUAAGUCGCAAUUUAUGUACACUUUGGAUUACUUUGAUAAGUCGCAAUUUAUGUACACUUUGGAUUAG